AGACUCUCAAGGAGAGUCCAUCGUGAUCAGCAGUCCCGGUGUUAGACUCCACACUUGGCAAACCUCGAAGGCUAUGGCAGGCCUCCGCUCUGUGUUUCUGUCACUGGGGCUAUUACUGUACCUCGGACUACACUUUUCUCUUGCCAACUCUACAACCAGCACCACAGAAACUAGUACCACGCCAGAAGCCAGCAACAUCUCCACAGAUACAACUACACCCUCAAUCACAACAGCCACAACCACAGCCCAAACCAACACAUCCCUAAACGAGACCACAACAGAAAAUGAGACCCUGACAGGCCAGACCGAGUCCACAACCCAGACCAAGCCGACAGCCCCCACCACGGCCACAGCCCAAAAUGAGACCACAACCAAAAGUCUGGCUGUGCGAGCUUUCAGCAGCCCGAUGGCAGGCGCCAUUCACAUCCUGCUCGUUUUUCUAACCAGCAAGCUCCUCUUCUAAGCAAAACAAGGAGAGCAAUUGCUCGACUUCCUGGACAGCCUCCCACGCUGAGGCCAGGGCUUAACUCCGGGUGGAUGAAGGCUUCACAUUCUCAGGUGGUGCCACUCCAUUUGCGCUGUCUCAGGCCAAGGCCUGGGGCACUCCUCGUGGGCGUGGCUCACAGCAAUGUUCAGCUGGAUCUUCCCGAAGACAAAGGAUGCUUUUUGUAAAUGCACAGACCUGGCCCAGUGAUAGCCUGGCAUCCCGCCUCUGAGUGUACCAUCUGACGGUCAAUGGGAACUUCUGAUCACAGCCAAGGGGUUCCUCCCUACUUUUGGAAGAAGACUCUUUCCUUACAAUCAAGAUGAUCUGAUCGCAGAUUUCUGACCAAAACCCACUCAGAUGACACAGAAUCCCUGUGACUGUGUGACUCAAGAAGAAGGGAGAAAUAGCUUUGAGGGAACGGCAGCUUCCUGUCUUAUCCCUGAGAGCAGAUCCCAACGAGCAAGGGAUAGGACGGUGCUGUUUCUGAGCAGCCAAUGACAGGAAGAAUUACGAGCUUUGUUCUAAGUCCAAAUAAAUGAUGCUUGAAAUAAGA